AUGGUUAUCCGAUCUUUUCAAGGCAGUCACUCUGCACGCACCCUUAUAAAAGUUGUCUACAUAGUUUGCGCGGCAAUCCUAACUACCUCGGUCAUCGUGGAAUCCUUCCUUGUUCACAUGUUGGUCUUGCCAUAUUUCCACGAAUCCGAAUUCGAACCGGGCAUUUGUACGGUGGUCAAAAUUGAACUGAAGCCUUCUGGUCGCCUAAAGUGCGAGAAUAAGUGUUCCAAAGAGAGAUCAACAUUUCCUUGUCUACAGGUGACUAUCGUUUUCGAAAAGGAUAACAGGAAUAGAACUGGCUUCCUGUUUGACACAAUUGUGACCCAUCAAAAUUACCGCCACUACGGAUGUGCCACGAGCUCGUGUUACCAGCGACAGGAGGAGAAUGACUUCGUCGUUCAGAUGUUUCGCCUCAGCCUCCAGAGCCGGGGACAGUUUCAGUGCUUUGUCUCUGCCAUGCACGACGACGAGGCCCUCAUGUACAAAGUCUACCAACCCUCGACCAUCUUCCAUGCUCUCUUCUGGCCCCUGGGGUUUUUCGCCAUUUCCCUCACCCUGAUCAUUAGUCUUUACAUUGUCGACCGAUGCGAGGUGUGGAAUGCGGACUCUUUGCUGAUAACUUAA